AUGGCUGCUGCGACGGCAGUUUUCGAUACUGCGGAGCUACUCGAAGCAAUUCUCCUCCAGCUACCACUAGCUGAUAUUCUACGCGCACAACGCAUCGACCGCACGUUCCACGACGCUAUCAAGAAAUCGCCUUCUGUCCAGCGAGCUCUCUUCCAGAAGCCUUGCGGCGACUUCACCGUUGAACUCAUAGACUGCGAUAGGUUUCUCAUGAAGGAGUGUUUGUCACUGGAGACCUGCAACGACCGGGACAUGGCGCCGAUACGCAAGACAGGGAGUUUUUACAGCCACACAUGGGUCCAAAGUGGAACAGACAGAGCUUGCAGCAUCGUAAUCAACCCUUUGCUCUUGACAUAUCAGGAUAUUCGCAUCAUUCCUGGUCACUACACGUACAACCUCGACGCUGCAUCAUCCUGGAGUCCCGCGGCCAAGGCAUCGUGGGAAAAAAUGUUCUUGACCCAGCCUCCAGUGGGAUGUGUGGUCGUCGAUACUGGUCAUUUUUCUGGACAUUACCACAUCUUGCGUUCACAAGACAAGGCCUCUGGUAUCACUUUUGGUGAUCUGCAGCGUUUUGCUGAAACCUUUCGCACUGGUCCAGAUCUCGAGGUAGCCAUUAUAGGUAUCGACAUAUGGAGCGCUAAGAACGAGGCUCGCAUCCUUCCUGUCACUGCUACAGCAGCGGACAUUUUGGCUGAAAUCGAGAUGGUGAAGGGGGAAAAGAAGGAGGAGAUUGAAGAGCCGGAGAGCGACUGA